AUGGCAAAGAAAGAGCAGGGUGGUUGGACCACGUCACCACUUGGAAGCAGCUCGACCGAUCCCGGUGCGAGAUCCACCGGAGCUGCACCUGCACCCGAUGUCGCUAGUGGAAGCCAUGAUAUCACAGCAAAGGAACAACGUGCCCCUACCAACCAACCAGCCAGACGUUGCUGGUGGCAGCCAACAAUUCUUGCCAACGCCCUUAAGCAACAAAACAGUAACAACAACACUCACAAUGUAUUAACAAUUAUGAGGACAACGACUGUGCAAAAAAUUUUGGUGGAAUCCUUUGAUUUAACCAACAUCAGUGAAACCGGAGAGGAACUGGCAAAGGCAUGUGAGAAAUCGAUCAAAAUCUGCAAGGAGAAGUGUAACAGCACAAUAUACGGUGUUAUAUCGGACAGUGCCAGAAAUAUGUUAAAAAUGGGCCGCCUGCUUAAGGAUAAAGAUUCCGAUCUUAUUCAUGUAACGUGUAACAGUCACACAGCUAAUUUGUUGGCAAAAGGAAUUGCCAACAAACAUUUAAACGAAGAGGUUGUAAAAUUCAACGUUUUUUUUAAAAACCACUCUGGUCUAGAAAAAAAAUAAUAAACUACAAAAGGUAAAAGAGUUCGUUUGCCUAUCGAUGUACACUGGUGCACCUAUAGAGACAGUUUUAAACAUUUUUUGCAGAAUUUAUAUCAUAUGAAAACCUUAGCAGCUACCGAUGCGGAUAAAAAGAUUUCAACAGAUAUCAAGGAGCUAUUGUUUGAUGACAAUUUUAUACAAUCAGUUGAGGAAGAAAUUUUCAUCUAUGAUCCUGUUUGCAAAUUAAUAAAUAAAUGCCAAGAUGAUGCAACCAUUAUUUCCGAAGCUGUAGAUAUGUGGCUACAGCUUCAAUUACCGGAAAAGUUUGGCCACUUUUUGAAAGCCAGACAAGAAAUGGCGCUAUCCAUUGAUGCAAUGGCUGCAUAUAGCCUUGACCCAAGAUAUCUUGGCAAAAAUCUUUCAACAUCUCAGCAAAAUGUGGUCACGCUUCAUUUUAUUGAGAUUUUCUCAUCUGGAGAAUUGAAUGAUUACGACAAGAUUAAAACAGAUGAUUAUUGA